UUUCAUGGACUUCUCACCAGGCCACUAUGGGACUACACCGGCGACUGUCAUCGUCGUCCUGUCAGAGGAUUUUUUAAGAAGUUCCUGAAAGCGUUGAGGGAGAAGCUCCUGGCAGAUUAUUCCUGGAGGAGUCGCCUAAGUCCACUUCAGGUCUGAGGAUCUUCGUGGACGUAUUAAAGAUGGCCACCUCAGGGACGACCCUCCUCACUCUAGCAGCAGUGCUCCUGCACGUGUCCAGAUGUCACGGGAGCGUGGGGAAAGGGAAGGACAGUUUACCGCUGAGGUUCACGCACCAUCUCUACAAUGUCACCAUCAAUGAGAACUCGGCGCCGCGGACGUACGCCGAGACGCCGGUGAUGAUGGGCAUCGAAGUGACGGAUCUCUUUUGGGAGAUUGAGUAUAAAAUCAUCCAGGGCGAUGAAGAUGAGCUUUUCCAGGCCGAGGCUGUCAAAGUUGGAGACUUCUGCUUCCUGAGGAUUAAAACUAGCCGCAGUAACUCUGCUCUCCUCAACAGAGAGGUCAGAGACACUUACACGCUCACUGUGGAGGCGAGUGAAAGCACUUUUGACUUCACGGCAAAGACUAAGGUUUCUGUCCAGGUGCUUGACACCAAUGACUUGAAGCCUCUUUUCUAUCCUGCUUCAUACAAUGUAGCCAUCACUGAGGACACGCCACUUAAGUCGAGUGUGGUCAGGGUUAGCGCCACAGACGCAGACGUCGGGAGCAAUGCCGAGUUUUAUUACUCCUUCACCAGCAGAGCUCAUCCUUUCGCUGUCGACCCUUUCAGUGGCACAGUCAGCCUCGUCAAGAAGCUCAAUCAGACUCGCUCUGAGAAAUAUGACCUCACUGUUUUAGCUGAAGACAGGACAAAGAAAAUAUCCGGCGUGCAGAAAUUCGGUAACGUCGCCCGGGUCUUGGUUAACGUACGAAAGGCAUCAAAGGGUUCUCUGGUCAUCACAUCUCCCCACAAACCUACAGUCUCUUCAGAUGGAAAAGUGGCUAUCGAUGUCCACGUGGAGGGUGGAGUUAAGUCGGUCAAAUCCCUUAAUAUUGUUGGAGGGGAUCCUCACAAGUGUUUUGAGAUAAUCCCCUUAGGAGUGCAGGGCAGUGACUUCCAAGUGAUCUCAACAAAGAGGAUUAUCUCUUCUCAGACUCCUUCUGGGCUGGAUCUCUCACUUCAGGCUAAAGAGUGGGGCUCCCCGGGUUUAGUCUCUCCAAUUACACAAAUCCACAUUCCGGCCUAUCGUUACAGCUCAUUGACAUUUUUGGAGGACACCUACAUCGCCACGCUGAGUGAAUUUUCACCUCCCAAAUCUCACGUGCUGAAGGUUUCUGUCACCUCAGUUCCCUACAAUGUCACUUUUGGCAUUAAAAAUAAUCAGGACAGCUCCAAAUUUAAAAUAAAUCCCAAAACGGGGAUUAUUGUAACAACAGAAAUGUUUGAUUACGAGAGAAAGAAUCGGUACGAGUUUGACGUCGUGGCCAAUCAAGGUGAAGCUGAGACUCACAUCGUGGUCGAGAUCACAGAUGAAAACGACAACAGCCCACAGUUCUCGCAGACCUCGUAUCAGACCACACUGGAUGAAAACACACCUGUCGGCAGCAGCGUUCUGAGAGUUUCAGCCACAGACAGAGAUAAGGGCAAAAAUGGCUUUGUGACGUACGCGAUCGCCAACGCAGGCCCUUUACCUUUCACGAUAGACGCGUUCACCGGCGUCAUCUCGACUUCUGAACACCUGGACUAUGAGCUCAUGAAAAGACGGUACCACUUGAACGUUUGGGCUUCGGACAGCGGCAGCCCAUUCAGUCAGGUCAGCGACUGUGCGGUGAUGAUAACUCUGAACAAUGUCAACGAUAACGUACCUCUUUUCGAGAGGGUGGGCUGCAACUCCACUGUACCUCAGGAUCUACCUGUGGGUCACAUGAUCUGCGAGCUGUCGGCGGUUGAUCUAGAUGAGCUGCAGCAGCUGACGUACAUCAUAGAGUCAGGGAAUGAGUUCCAAGUGUUUGGGAUUGACCCAGUGUCAGGCACGAUCACCCUCAAACAACCGAUUCCCCUGGGAGCUGGUUCGUUCACAUUGAGUGUCGUAGCCACGGAUGGAAAGCAUCGUUCCAAAGUCUCAGUUGUCAGAAUAACCGUCACAAACAGGGGUGAUGACGUGACGCUGCGCUGCGAGGAAACGGGCAUUUUCAAACAGCUCACGGAUAAACUCAUCGAGUCCAUUAAACCGAUUUUAACCAAUCAAGAGGAAGAGACGUUCUCCGACAUUCACAUCACCAACCGCCAUUCUCCAAAGUUUGACCCGAGCGUUCCCAGCUCGAUCGACCUCAUCGAGGACCAUCCGCUGAACACGACCAUUCUUCAGUUCGAGGCGACUGACAAAGACACCGGGUUUAAUAGUAAGUUAGUUUAUGUCAUAUCGAGCGGAAAUGAAGACGGCUGUUUCUCCAUCGACACGUUCUCCGGUGACCUGAAGUUAGUUUGCCCACUGGACCGAGAAACUAAGGAGUUUUACAUUUUGAACAUCACCGUUUACGAUCUGGGAAUACCGCAGACGUCCGCGUGGAAAUUCAUUGCGGUGAACAUCAUGGACGUCAACGACAACCCUCCUGUGUUCGACCAGCACAGAUACGUGAUCCGCGUGCUUGAAAACACAGAAGUGGACUCCGUCAUUUUCACAGCUCGUGCGACGGAUCCAGACGCGGAGACAAACGGUAACGUCCUGUACUCCCUGCUGACAUCAACGGAUAUGUUCGGGAUAGACGAUCUGACCGGUGAGGUCACAGUGAGGCAUCAUUUGGAUCGAGAAACCUCACCCAGACAUGACCUUAGGAUUGAAGCCAGAGACCAGGCCAAACUCGACCCUCAGCUCUUCUCCACGAUUGACCUUGUGGUAGUUUUGCAGGACGUCAAUGACCACCCACCCAAAUUUACACCCAAGAUUUACAGAAUCAAAGUUCCUGAAGAUGUCCCUGUUGGAACACUUCUUGUCUGGGUGGAGAGUGUCGAUCUGGAUCUGGGCAGCGGAGGCCUUGUUACCUACAACCUCAAGAACACAGAGAGCGGGAUCUUUCACCUCGAUUCCUCCACCGGAGCCUUGACCCUUGAGAGGGAGCUGGACUUUGAGAGGCGGCCAUCCUACAACCUCACAGUCCGAGCGGUCGACCACGGCCUCCCUCGCUCCCUCUCCUCGUCCUGCUUCGUGGAGAUUCAGGUCUUGGAUGUCAACGAGAACCUGCACAGGCCUGUGUUCUCUGAGUUUGUGUAUGAGGCCGGUGUGAUGGAGGAUGCAGCCGUGGGGACGGCCGUGGUCACGCUCACAGCUUCAGACAAGGACGCGGGCAGAGACGGAGUCGUCCGGUACCACAUCCAUGAGGGCUCUGGUCUUGGGGUUUUUACCAUUGAUGAGGAGACAGGCGUGAUCCGCACCACGGAGACGUUGGACCGCGAGACGGCGCCUCACUACUGGCUGUCGGUCUAUGCCACCGACCUGGGUACGGAGCCGCUGGUCUCCUGGACUCACGUCUUCCUGGACGUCCUGGACGUCAAUGACAACGCGCCGGAACUCCGCCAGCCGGUGUACUUCGCUGCUGUCAGGGAGAACGUGGACAAGGUCAAGUCCGUCGUCCAGGUGCGGGCUGAGGACGAGGACACCACGUCUGAGGGAAAGCUGUCCUACCAGAUGCUGGAGUCUCACCGCACGUAUUUUGACGUUGAUCCCAAAACAGGUGUUAUCAGCACUCUGGCAGCCUUGGAUCGGGAGGAUAAACCGGAGCACAGUAUCGAGGUCAUCGUCUCAGACAACGGAUCCCCGGCUUUACGCUCCACCGCCACCGUCGUCAUCCGAGUUCUGGACGCCAACGACAACCGGCCGAAGUUCACCGACAAGCUCUUCCACGUGAAGCUGCCGCAGCAGCGCCUCCUGGAGGGCGAGCGCGAGGUCUGCAGGAUGGUGGCGCGGGACGACGACGAGGGCUCCAACGCGGCAGUGACGUACUCGCUCCACGACAACAAGGACGAGCGUUUUGAGAUCGACGCGGCGACGGGCAUGGUGACGUCGUACGGCGACUUCUGGCCGGGGAACUACAGCAUCCUCACGAUUAAAGCCACUGACGCCGGCAGCCCGUCGCGCUCGUCCACCGCUCGGCUCGACAUCGAGUGGAUCGCCCGGCCGCCCCCGUCGCCGGAGCCGAUCACAUUCGACGAGCCGCACUUCACCUUUGCCGUCAUGGAAACGGAGCCCGUCACACACAUGGUGGGAAUCAUCAUGACGGAGACGAACCGGCAGCGGUGGUUCGACAUCGUAGGAGGGGACGACGACAAAGACUUUGACAUUCAGAGAAAUAGCGGAACCAUCUCCAUCGCCCGGCGCCUCGACGCAGCUCGCCACUCCAACUACAACCUGACAGUGCGAGUCACUGACGGCCACCACUCGGCCACCGCGCAGGCCUACGUCCGUGUGCUGGACAUGAACGAACACCGGCCCGUCUUCCUGAAGUCACUGUACGAGGUGAGGGUCCCAGAGGACACGUCCCCGUGGAAGGACAUCCUGCAGAUCAGCGCUCAGGACGCAGACGCCAACAGUAAGCUGGUUUACUCCGUCCACAGCAGCCUCCACCCGGACAGCACCAAGUUCUUCCACCUGGACCCAAAGAGUGGCGUCCUGGUGAUGACGGAGGAGCUCGACUACGAGACCAUCUCCGUCCACACGCUCAUUGUCAUGGUUCGUGACCAGGAAAUCCCAGUGAAGAGGAACUUUGUGAAGGUGGUCAUUCACGUGGAAGACUGCAACGACCACUCGCCGGCGUUCCUCAGCCCGCGCUAUGAGGCCACCGUCUCUAAUCUGGCUCCCACAGGCUCGGAGGUCAUCAGGGUCAAGGCACUGGACAAGGACAUGGGCAGCAACGCCGACAUCAGCUACUCCCUGCACUCCGGAAACAUCGACCACGUCUUCUCCAUCGAACCACAGCUCGGCUCCAUCACUGUCUCCAAACCUCUGGAUCUUCAUCCUCAGGACCAGUUCCACCUGACAGUGAAGGCCACGGAUCAGGGCUUCCCUCAGCGCAGCGACCUCUGCUCUGUCCACGUCCACAUCCGCGUCUCCGACCAAACCCCGCCCACCUUCCCCGUGGAUGAAUACCUAACAGAGAUCAGCGAGCUGAGCGCACUGGGAACGCCGGUCGUCACCGCCUCGGCUUCCAGCCCGGCUGCCGUGCAUUAUGGGAUAGAGAGUGGGAAUCCAAACGGCACAUUUCACAUCAACCCUUACACCGGGUUGAUCUCCACCCAGAAACACCUCGACUUUGAGAACUGUGCUUUCUACAAGCUCAGAAUCACGGCUUCCACCACAGCCGGAGCCUUGUCCAAGACUUUUGUUCAGAUCUACGUGAUCGACGAGAACGACAACUCACCCGUUUUCCAGCGGACCCAGUAUUUUGGCCAAAUAAGUGAAUCCGCUAACAUAAACAGCAUGGUGGUGGGAGAGAGAAACACGCCACUAGUCAUCCAGGCUUCAGACGAAGACAGAGGGACAAACUCUCUGCUGACGUACCAGAUCCUCGAACCAGAUGCCCUCAACGUUUUCAAGAUAGACUCAAGUAUGGGCACCAUCUCUUUAAUCUCACCAGUUGACUUUGAAGAGAAGGCCGAGUAUCAUUUCACCGUGCAGGUGAAGGACUCAGGGGAGCCAUCACUGUUUGCAGCAGAGCCUGCCAAGGUCACGGUCAGCGUCCUGGACCUGAAUGACUGUCCGCCACGAUUCACCGCCGCAGUGUAUGAGCCAUCCAUCAUUUUCCCCGCUGUCAGGGACUCAGAGGUUGUGCGCGUUGCGGCCCAUGACGCAGACUCGGCCGUCUCAUACAGCAUCACUGAAGGGAAUCUGCACAGUGCCUUUUCACUUCACCCUGAUACUGGAGUCAUCACCGUGAGCAAUGUGUCUGAGUUCCAGCCAUUUUAUCAGCUCAUCGUCAAAGCCUCGGACGGACUUUACAAAGACUCAGCUACCGUCACGAUAAACGUAACAAACCUAACCGUUAGCGAUCUGGGAUUUGAGCAGAGUGCUUAUUCCACGAGCGUCACGGAAAACCUAAAGAAAGUCAAAACUUUGGUGGCACUAAAAACCACAGGUUGCUUUUUAAACGAGCCUCUUUUGUAUUCUGUAGUAAACCCGAUGGGAAGGUUUGCAGUUUCUCAGUCAUCGGGCGUUCUUGAAACAACGGGGGUCCCCUUUGACAGAGAGGAACAAGACGUGUAUGAUGUCGUGGUGAAGGUACAAGACAUGAGGACACCACAGAGGACGGCUACGAUUCAGGUCAAGGUUUUUAUAGACGACGUCAACGAUAAUCCGCCACAUUUUCUUAACUUGCCGUUUUCGAUGAUGAUCUCUGAAGACUCUGAACCGGGAGAUGUUUUGUAUCAAGUCACCGCCAUCGACAAAGAUUUGGGUGAGAAUGGGUCCAUCAGGUACUCACUGGAGGAAGACUACAACCUCUUCAGAAUAGAUCCAGAUGUGGGUGACGUGUUGCUGCAGAAGCCUCUGGACUUUGAAGCCCUGAACAAGUACGUGUUGACAAUCUCGGCUCUGGACGAGGGCGAGCCCACGCACAGCACAGUGUCGCAGCUCACUAUUCAAGUGAGGAAUCGGACCAACCCAGUUUUCCAGACUCUUCUUUAUCCACUGAAAGUCCCAGAGGACGUCCCUCCCUUCACCACUAUCUUACACGUCCAGGCCAGAAAUCCAGAAGGCUAUCGGCUCAUCUACAACCUCGAGGAGGAAAACGCUUCCAAACACUUCCACAUUGAUUUUAAAACAGGAGUUCUGACCGUCACCACGCCCCUCAACUACGAGAGUCAGACCAUGCAUGUGUUGACAGUUCGAGCCACUGACUCUGUGACUGGAACUUUCUCCGAGGCCUCGAUAGAGAUAGAAGUGGAGGAUGUGAAUGAUAAUGCACCGGUUUUCUCAAAGCAACUCUACACGACAAACACUGCCGAGGGGCUUCCCGUUGGUACGUCAGUGAUACAAGUGUCUGCGUCUGACAGAGAUUCGGGCAGAAAUAAAGACUUGACCUAUAAGAUGGUGAAGACGGAGGGGAACGAGACCGAUUUCUUCGACAUCGACCCUCACAGCGGUACAGUUUUCACAAAACAAAUGCUGGAUCAUGAAAACACAAAGCACUUCAACCUGAAAAUCAAAGCCACAGACAACGGCACCACGCCUCUCAGCAGUGAAACCAGCGUCUUUGUGAAUGUCACGGACAUCAAUGACAACCCACCGGAUUUCGUCACCUCGCAGUACGGGGCCGCACUUGACGAAAUGGCAAAGUGCGGCCACAUCGUCAUCAAAAUCCAAGCUGCAGAUCCUGACACGGGCGACCAGAAUAACCUCAGGUACAAGAUCCUCUCUGGAAACGAAGGUCGUUACUUCAACAUCAACGAAUCCUCGGGAAUCAUCUCCUUUUCUAAUGUGUGUAAAAGGAAUCUGGAUCCUUACUACAACCUGACAGUGGCGGUGUCUGAUGGAGUGUUCCAGAAAACAGCACCGGUCAAUAUUGACAUGAUUAACAGCAACAGACACAGUCCCUACUUCAAACAGAGCCUCUAUGAGGCAGAGUUGGCAGAAAAUGCCGACGCAGGGACCCGCGUGAUCCGAUUAGCUGCCAUUGACCCGGACGAUGGGCCAUACGGCAGCGUCGACUACACCAUUAUCAACAAACUCGCUGAUGAGAAGUUUGCUAUUAAUACUGACGGACAGAUCGUUACAACGCAGCCUCUUGACAGAGAAAACCCAUCCCAGAGAGUCAUCGCUAUUAAAGUGAUGGCAAGAGAUGGCGGCGGAAAAGUGGCGUUUUGCACGGUAAAGGUUAUUCUGACCGAUGAGAACGACAACGUACCUCAGUUCAAAGCCUCAGAAUAUCAGGUCUCAAUUCAGUCGAGUGUAAAUAAAGGCUCUCCUGUCAUCCAAAUCAUGGCUUAUGAUGCCGACGACGGCAAAAAUGCAGACGUCACCUACACCGUCGACGAAGCCGAGCAGGUGACCGAAGACGUCAUCGAGAUCAACCCUUUCACCGGGGUCGUGAGCGUCAAAGAGAGUCUGAUCGGCAAGGAGAACAAGAUCUUCAACUUCAAAGUCAAAGCUCGCGACGGCAGCAUCCCGUUCUACAACUCCACAGUCCCUGUUCAAGUCAAAGUAGUUCCUCCUGAGGUUCCUCUCCCCAAGUUUGUAGAGCCUCUCUACACCUUCUCAGCUGCCGAGGACAGCCCCAUAGGAACCGAGGUGGGCUCCGUGAGAGCCGACUCCAACAUGCCCGUCAUUUACAGCCUGGUGAACGGCAACACGAUUGAAAGCAACCGGGACAAAGUUUUCAGCCUGGACAAGGACAGUGGAACUCUGCUGUUGCAGAAGACCAUCGACCACGAGAGGACAAAGUGGUACCAGAUAGAUGUCAUUGCCCAGGGGAACCACAACGGCACUGAUGUGGCGUCGCUGGUGUCCGUCAGCAUACAGGUCCAGGAUGUGAAUGAUAACCAGCCGGUGUUUGAUGCCAGUCCGUACAGGGCCUUCCUGGCUGAGAACAUGCCCGCGGGAACCACUGUAAUCCAGGUGACCGCCAACGAUCCAGACACGGACAAAAACGGCCUUGUGACCUACAGCUUGGAGUCGCUGCCCCACGACACCACCGAGGACAUCACCGAGGUGUUUGCCAUCGACGGCGACAGCGGCUGGAUCACGACGGCGCGGGAGACCGACUGCGAGGCCACCAGAGUCUACAGGUUCAACGUGGUCGCCACUGAUCACGGUGGCGACGUCAAACUGUCGUCGAGCGUCCUGGUGGAGGUGACGGUGAUGGACGAGAAUGACAACCCGCCCAAGUUUUCCGACGACGUGUACCACGCCUCGGUGGUGGAGAACAGCAGCCCGGGGGAGGUCAUCGUCUCCAUGACGACCACGGACGCGGAUGUGUCACUGGAGAACCGGCUGGUGACGUGUUACAUCACAGACGGAGACCCAUUGGGCCAGUUCGCCAUCAUCCAGCAGGACGAAGGCGAGUGGGGUUUGAUCGUGAAGGAACGUUUGGACCGAGAGACUAAAGACAGAUACACGCUCAGAGUCACGGCCACUGACGGGAAGUUUGAGGCUCCGGUCACUGUGGACGUCCACGUGCUGGACAUUAAUGACAACAGUCCAGUGUGUGAGCAGCUGGUGUACACCGAGGCUCUGAUGGAGAACUCGCCCUCCAGCAAGUUCGUGCUGAAGGUCUCCGCCUCGGAUCCGGACGUGGGAGCCAACGGCCAGAUCUCCUUCACCCUGCACGGACCUGACGCCGACAAGUUCCAUCUCGACCAGAGAUCAGGGGAGCUGUUCACACUCGCUGUGUUGGACCGCGAGAAGGAGGUCGAGUACAACCUGGUGGCCAAGGCGACGGACGGCGGGGGCCGGUCCUGUCAAGCGGACAUCCUGCUGAUGAUCCAGGACAUGAACGACAACCCGCCCCGCUUCUCCUCCAGCCACUACGAGGUCACAGUGUUCGACAACACGACCGUACGAACUCCUGUCGCCGUCAUUUACGCCAAGGAUCCCGACACAGGAAUAAACUCUGAGGUGAAGUACUUCCUUCUGUCCGGUGACGGCGGUUUCUUUUCCCUGGAUGAGUUUUCGGGCGUCCUGCGGCUGGAGCGACCUCUGACCCCCGACGGCCCACCCACCUUUGAGCUGAAGGUGAAAGCCACUGACCGUGGCUUGCCGCGCCACCUUUACUCAGUCGCCACUGUGACGGUGGACGUGGUCUCGCUGGACGACUACCAGCCCAUCUUCCAGAGCUCCGAGUACACCGCCCAGCUCCCAGAAUCCUUAGCGGUCGGGUCUGAGGUGCUGAGCGUCUCUGAGCCCAGCUCGGAUGGCAGUGGCCCCAAUCCCGUCGUGUACCAGAUCGUCUCCGGCAAUGAGGACGGACGUUUUCUGUUGGACCCACGAACAGGCCUCUUGAGCCUCGACGCACCGCUGGAUUUUGAGGUUUCACGGGCGUACUACCUGUCCGUGGAGGGAAGUCGCGGAAAGUCGUCCCUGACUGACAUCACCACGGUGAUCGUCAACGUGACGGACGUGAACGACAACGCGCCGGUGUUCACGCGAGGCGUCUACACCACUGAGAUAACGGAGGACCUGACGCCUGGAAGCCUGGUGAUGAAGGUAACAGCCACCGAUCAGGACGGCCCGAUCAAUAACCUGCUGCGUUACUCCAUCGUGAGCGGAGACGCUCAGCAGCAGUUCACCAUUCACCCUCGCAGCGGAGAAAUCACUGUCCGCACUGCAGUGGACAGAGAGGAGGUCCCUCAUUACUCUCUGACGGUGCAGGCGGCGGACGAAGGGAAUCCUCCUCUGUCGUCGGCGAUCCUCAUCACCAUCACUGUCGCCGACGUCAACGAUAACCCGCCGGUUUUCUCCCGAGUCAACCACAGUCUGCUGCUGCAGGAGGGGGAGUCGGUUGGCAGCAGCAUCCUCCAGCUCGUCGUGACGGACAAGGACACGCCGAAGAACGGCCCGCCUUUCUCCUUCCACAUCGUCAGCGGCAACGAGGAUCGCCGUUUCCAUGUCGACCAGGGCGGCCUGCUGUCGCUCUCUGCUCCACUCAGAAAGAGGGUCAAACCCCACCAUCUGCUCAAGAUACAGGUGACGGACAGCGGUCACCCUCCCCUCUCCUCCAUCUGUGUGGUCAACAUUAACGUAACCGAGCAGAGCAAGUACCCUCCGUCUGUGGUGCCACUAGAGGUCUUCAUCACGACAUCUGGAGGCCUGUUUGCCAACCGGGUCAUCGGAAGACUCCACGCCUCUGACCAGGACCUGCAGGACGUCCUGACCUACAAGCUGCUGUCUGAAAACCCAGAAGGAGGAAGGUUCUCAGUGGAUCUCGCAGACGGAAAGAUCUGGGCAGAUGAAAACCUGGAGGAGGGCUCGUAUUCACUGAACGUCAGCGUGAGCGACGGGAAGUUCAAUGUCUGGGCCGGGGUCAAAGUUCACGUGUGGGCAGCCGAUCAGAGGGCACUGGACUCCGGUCUGACACUGCAGCUGGUCGGGAUAUCGGCAGAGGAGUUCCUGGGCGAUCACUGGAGGGGCCUUCAGCGCAGCCUGGGUCAAGCUCUGGGUUUACCCAGACAAGAGCUUCACCUGGCCAGCCUUCAGCAGCAGCAGGACGCCCAGGUCCUGGAGGCCCUGCUGAUCUGGAAGCCCAAGAGUGGACUCGUUCAGUCUCUGCCAACAAACAGACUGGCAGGUAUAAUAUCAGACAUCGAGGACUCUCUGGGCCUGAGCAUCCUCCAGGUGAGCCACAACGGCUGUGUGGGCGCCGGCUGUCCACCACGGGGCUGCAGGAACGCCGUCCGCCUGACCACAGAGAGACUGGGUCACUUCACCACUGCCAGAGCUGCUUACAUCACCCCACAACACACCUGGGAGAGCGUCUGCCCCUGCAACGAGUCGGCCGUGAGAUUCGACGGAAAGUCCUACCUGAAGUACCUUCACGGGAUGGACGAGGACGACCAGGUUUUCAAACUGUCCCUGAGGUUCAAGACUUUCCAGGAGCAGGGCCUUAUCGUGUCCUCCAACAGCACCAAAGACUGGGGCAUCUUACAGCUGACGAGUGGUGAGCUUCUCUUCAGGUUCAGCUGUGGAGACGCCGCCCCGGGUUCACUGCUGGUCAGAUCUGACCCAGUCUCAGACGGUCGGUGGCACAGCGUCCUGCUGGAGGUCAACACCACGGCCAUGAGGCUGACUCUGGACCGGCACCGCCCAGCCUCCGCCACCCUGACCGAGCCGUGCCGCCUGACACGCUCCCACGGUGCGUUGCUCUUCGCCUCACUCAUCGCUCAUGGCUCCACGCCAGACGUCCCAGGGCAGCCGCCCAAUUUCAGCGGCUGCCUGGAGGAUCUGGAACUCAACGGGGAGCCAAUCAGAGUGGGCGACACGGCGGAGUGGGCGGGGUCAGAGGGCAGAAGGGUGUUCGGGGUGUACCAGUGCUGCAGCCGGACCGGAGCCUGCGACAAGAACCCAUGUCAGAAUGGAGGCCUUUGUGAGGAGGACAGCACUGGAGAGCCGCGCUGCAGGUGUGCGGGACUCUUCCACGGCGCCCGCUGCGAGCUCGCCGACAACCCGUGUGCCUCGCAGCCGUGCGCCCACGGCAGGGUGUGCGUGCCCAAGGCUGAAGGUUACAUGUGCAACUGCUCUGUGGACAACGCUGACGCACGACAGAGUUUUCCAACAAGAAAACUCUAG